CCAUGCAAAUUCCACACACACUCCCCCAGCUAAAAACCAUCACCUUGCAAGAUCGGAAAGCAGACAAAAGAAAAAGCCAUCUUCUCAACUUCAAUCAAAGAAGGACAAGAAGAAGAAUCAGCGGCAGCUAUGGGAUCGGAAGCGCAAGUCGUGUGCGUCACCGGCGCCGCCGGGUUCAUCGGCUCGUGGCUCGUCAUGAGGUUGCUCGAGCGCGGGUACACCGUCCGCGCCACCGUCCGUGACCCCAACAACAUGAAGAAGGUGAAGCAUCUGCUGGACCUGCCCCAGGCGAAAACGCACCUGACUCUCUGGAAGGCCGACCUCAACGAAGCAGGAAGCUUCGACGAGGCCAUCAAUGGCUGCACCGGCGUCUUCCAUGUGGCCACUCCCAUGGACUUCGAGUCCAAGGACCCCGAGAAUGAAGUGAUAAAACCGACGGUGGAGGGAGUUCUAGGCAUCAUGAGAGCAUGCGCCAAGGCCAAGACGGUCCGGCGGCUCGUGUUCACCUCCUCGGCUGGGACUGUCGACGUCCAAGAGCACCGGAAGCCCGUCUACAGCGAGGAAGACUGGUCCGACAUGGACUUCGUGCUCGCCACGAAGAUGACCGGAUGGAUGUAUUUCGUGUCCAAGACGCUGGCAGAGAAAGCAGCUUGGAAAUUUGCGGAAGAGAACAACAUUGACCUCAUCAGCAUCAUACCAAGUCUGGUUGUGGGCCCCUUUAUCAUGUCCUCAAUGCCACCUAGUCUUAUCACUGGCCUGUCGCCAAUCACAAGAAAUGAAGCUCAUUACUCCAUCAUGAAGCAAGGUCACUUCGUCCACACCGACGAUCUCUGCGAAUCCCACAUCUUCUUGUUCGAGCACCCGGAAGCCAAGGGACGGUACAUCUGCUCCUCCCACGAUGCCUCCAUCCUCGAGGUCGCGAAUUUGCUCAGGAAGAAAUACCCAGAAUAUGAUAUUCCCACGGAGUUCGAGGGAGUGGAUGAGAAUAUGCAGAGUGUCACUUUCUGUACCAAGAAGCUGUUGGACUUGGGGUUUAAGUACAAGUACACCUUAGAGGACAUAUUCGUGGGAGCCGUGGAGACAUGCAGAGAGAAAGGGCUGCUUCCUCUUUCGCACGAGAAGCACGUGAAGGGCGCAUGCUGAGACAUACCCUCGUCUGCGGCGCUGCACUCUUUUCUUUUUCCCUUGUCUGUUGUCUCGCAUAAUGCGCAAUCGAUUGAUGAACUGGAUAUUGUCCCUGCUUCAAUUCAACGUACCAUGGUGAUAACGAAUAAAGAAGGCCUGUUUCUGUCAAAAGUUAUUUUCUUCAUGGUUACAGUGACAGCUGAAAACUUUGAGUGAGCGGUUAAGAUUAAUUUUUAUUUAGUAGUGCGUUAAGAGA